AUGCUUCUUCACUUGUUUACGUUGGGCUUUGUCCCUGCCCUUUGCGCUGCUGCUGCGGCCAAGUUUUCUGUGCCGAAUACUGAUGCCACCUUUGACACAUCGCCCAAGCCCUUUGAAAUCAACGUUGAUCAGAAGUUUAUUGAGGACACUCGGCAGCGAGUCGCACACGCAAGGGCUCCUGUGUUUAUGGGUGUGAAAGGCGACGGUCCGAGUGCUGAGAUAUUCACCACUGUUCGGGAUUACUGGGUCAAUGAAUACAGCUGGAAUGCAACUGAAGCAGCCAUCAACCAAAAGCUGGAACAGUUCACAACCAUUGUCGAGCCUGUGAUUGACAAUGCCACUUACCCAGUGCCCCUCCACUUUGUUCAUCAUCGUUCACCCCGGGACGAUGCUAUUCCUCUGCUAUUCAUCCAUGGGUGGCCAGGCUCGUUCCUAGAGGUCAGCAAUAUCAUCGGAAACUUGACAAACCCUCCCAAUGCAUCCGUCCCGGCAUUUCACGUUGUUGCUCCGUCGAUCCCGGGUUUUGGAUUCUCUCCUGCACCUCGGCAACCUGGCUUCGGUCCCGUCGAAGCGGCUCACUCCUUCAAUGCACUGAUGCUCCAGCUCGGCUAUUCUAAAUACGUCAUCCAAGGUGGAGAUUUCGGCGGUGUUACCCUUCGUUACCAGUCUCAUCUGUUUCCGGACCAUGUCGUCUCAGCACUCAGCAACUUCUGGGUCAUUCAACCAAACGAGGAUGACAUGCGCAGACUCGCAGAGGGGGUAGCAACCCCUGAUGAAGUUGCAUACAUCAACAUUCUCGAGACCUACAUCAAUCAUAACUCUGGAUACCGCCUGAUGCAAUCAACGGAACCGCUCACCCUGGCAAUCGGCAUGGCAGACUCCCCAUUGGGCAAUGCCAUGUGGAUGUAUGAUCUGAUGGCCAAGGUCGUCGAUCCAGCCAUUACAACCUGGACUCCUGAGCAGAUCAUUACUUGGUCAAUGAUGUAUUACAUCCAAGGCCCCUACGGCGGCAUGCGCUUUUACAAGGAGGUGCUCAAUGACGGGGGCUUCUCCCUGCUCGACUUUGGCACUCUGCCGCUGGUUGAGGUUCCAGUCGCCAUCAGCCAGUUUCCUUACGACAUUUGUUACCGCAUGCCACUGGACUGGGCUAAGAGAGGAGGAAAUGUUGUCAAGAGAACCGUGAACCACCACGGCGGUCACUUUGCCGCCUAUGAGGUUCCUGGCCUACUGCUCAAGGAUAUCUGGUCAUGGUUCGGGGACAAGGAAGUUUCAGGAACAAGCGUGUUUGGGCAUUGA